ACUACACAACCCGUAGAGCUCACAUACUGAGCGUGCGCAUCAAGUGUGGACAGAGCAGAAAGGGUGGAUAAACUGCAAGUACAGGAUCGCUGGAUGCAUUCAAGAACUACAAAUUCAGAUCGAGUUGCGCAGUAUGAAUUUCUAGCCAUUUAAAUAUACGUGCAAAAUGGCUGCACAGGUCGACUUGGGCCGUAUUAAAGUAGAAAAUCAUGUAAGGGACAGCCUUGGUAAAUUAGCCAAAGAAAAGAAGAAAAAGAACAAGAGGGAGCUGUCACCAUCAACGGAUAAACGCCAGCGUUCAUCCGAAAAGGAAGCAAAGAAAGUGAAGCUCCAUCAUCACCACCACCAUCACCCACAACAUGUUCAACAGCAGCGAAUACACCAGCCGCAUCAGAAUGGUCAACCACAACCACGCAACUCCAGCACCGAAAAAACUACUCUGCACCACCAGCAUUAUCACCACCAUCACCACAACAACACCAAAGGCGCAAAGGACACGCACCCUCAACCUCCUCUGCCUGCGCAGAAGGUGGUAUCUGCAGCAGCCAAGUUGGACAGGAAAAAAAAAACGGUUCUGCCGCCUGGACAGUUCACUUUCACGCCCCUCAAAGUGGCCAAGCCCAAGGACAAGAUACAGGAGAACAAGGCAAAGCACAGUGAGAAAGAGCUCAAACUCAAGAAGGAAAACACAGAGGCUAACGUGAAACAUGGGGUAGGCCUAUGUAAGAAAAACAAAGAGCCCCAUCAUGAUGAGAACAGCCAGGCCCAGUCCCUGGAGGUGUACCUGUUGAGGAGGAGGAAGAAGAAGAGGAGGCGUCGUGAGGAUGAGCGUGGUAAGAAGAUCCGCACAUUCAACAAAGAGGUCCAAACUGUGUAUGGAGGUCUGGCUGACCACAGUCCUUCAGCUCGCUUUGGCCAUGUGAAGGAGGGGAAACACUGCCAGCCUGCUACAGGCCCCAACAACCACCACACUCCUAAAGGGGUACACAACCACACCCACCCCCCCUUCCUGUCCCCCCAAGACCACUUCAUCCGCAGCUCGUCUCUGCAGACAGGCACCGUCUAUGGCCGCUUCAUCCACGAGGAGCGCCAGGCCAAUGGCGGAGCGUCGGUCCUGCACGCCUACGCUGAUGAGCUGGCCUCUCUACGGCCCGUGGAGAUGGAGCGCUUCACCCAGGAAUUCCUAGAGCUGGCCUUCGCUGAGAGACCCCGAGGGGCAGCCCGCUACGCCCUGGCUGUGGUGCACGGGGCUGCUGCCUUCCUCCCUGACUUCCUGGACUACUUUGCCUUCAACUUCCCCUCCACGCCGGUCAAGAUGGAGAUCCUGGGGAAGAAGGAUAUAGAGACCACUACUAUCGCAAACUUCCACUCUCAGGUGGGUCGGACCUACUGCUCUGGGACGUACAGGGCCGGACCUAUGAGACAGAUCAGUCUGGUGGGAGCCAUGGCCGAGGAGGUGGGGGACUACUUCCCAGAGUUCCUGGACAUGCUGGAGGAGUCCCCCUUUCUAAAGAUGACCCUGCCUUGGGGCAGUCUCUCCAGCCUGAAGCUGGACUGUCGUUCGCAGAGUGAUGAUGGACCCAUCAUGUGGGUCCGGCCGGGCGAGCAGAUGGUGCCAACCGCUGACAUGCCCAAGUCCCCCUUCAAAAGGCGCAGGUCCAUGAAUGAGAUCAAGAACCUUCACUACCUGCCGAGGACCAGUGAGCCCAGAGAGGUUCUGUUUGAGGACCGGACCAGGGCUCACGCCGACCACGUGGGCCAGAGCUUCGACUGGCAGAGUACGGCAGCAGUGGGCGUGCUGAAGGCUGUGCAGUUUGGAGAGUGGAGUGAGCGUCCGAGGAUAACCAAGGAUGCGGUGUGUUUCCACGCGGAGGACUUUAACGAUGUGGUCCAGAGGCUGCAGCUGGAUCUGUACGAGCCCCCCGUGUCUCAGUGUGUCCAGUGGGUGGACGAUGCCAAGCUGAACCAGCUGAGGCGGGAGGGCAUCCGCUAUGUCCGCGUGCAGCUGUGUGACGACGACAUCUACUUCAUCCCCCGGAAUGUUAUCCACCAGUUCAAGACUGUGUCGGCAGUCUGCAGCCUGGCCUGGCACAUCCGCCUCAGACAGUACCAUGAGGAGAAGGAUGGGGGGGAGCACGCCCAACACAAGCCCAACGACCAGAGCAUAACAUCAGGUAAAAUCUUUUCAUCAUCCCUCUCCCCAGCCCAGUCAGAUGCCAAAGUGCUCCACUGCGCUGGUCCAACACAGAGAGACAGGACCCAGGGAGGGGUGGCCAAGACAGAGGAACCAGUGUUUCAGAAGCCUGCUACUCCACCCAGAGAGCCCCAACCAGCCCCUCCUCAGCCUGCCAAGUCUGCCCACCUGCGACCUCCCUACCCGGGCAUCAGCCCCCUGCCAUCUGUCGCUUCUGGUUCUAACCCCCCUACACUGGAGCCCAGGCUUCCACAGGCCCUGGUCUGUCCUCCUCCCCCUGGUCUAAACUACAAUUCCCCCCGACCACACAAUGAUGUACAGCGUCACUGCCCCACUGACUUCCUUAAAUGACCUCCGCUCCCCUUUACUCCUUUACCUCCUUUACCCUCUGAGGUAGAGGAGCUUAUUUAAAGGAGUGCAACUGUGUGCAUUUAUGACUGACAUUCCUAUGUAUAAAAAAAAAAAGAAAAAAAACAAUCACAAUUUUCUUCUUGAAAUUGUUGAACUUUUUCCUUUUAAAUUAUUCCGACUAUAAUGUAUUAUUUGUAUGUGUAAAUGCAGUUUGAGACAAGCCCAGAUGUUUUUUUUUCCUUCUCUCAGCCGAAGUGUGUAAUUUAAAUGUAGAAACAUUUGUCAGAAAAAGUGUCAGUGUUUCAUAUUUGUUUUAGUAACUGAAACUUCGAUCCCUCUGGGGAGUUUCCUAACUUCUUUCAUGAGUUACUGAAGCAACUCGCUUUACCAGUCAAGAUAGAGUACCAUGGUAUAUAUCAUGAACACUGCCUAAUUAGUUUUUAAAUGACAUGUUUUCCCAUCUCAAACGGUGAAAUAAAAUGUAAAAAUAUAUAGUAAGUGCCUAUUAAGUGCAAAAUAAAGGGACAGGGUUGACCGUAAACAGGGUUGACGAUUUCAUCUUCAAGCAGCCAUCAAUCUGACAGGGGAAACUUAUUGUUUACAACAGGGAGUGGCAAUUGAAUGCAAGUUUCACCAAAUUUGAAAACAUCCUAACCUGUCUAUCAAUGGAUUCAGGGUUGUCACCUGCUUUAAAAACGAUGAUUUGAUUAUUAGAUGUUCAUUGUUUCUUUUGAAAAAUAAGUUUUAAAAAGGAAUGGUUUCAUCAUAUUAAAACUGGAGUUCAGUUCAUGUAACAGGGUUGACCUUAAAAUGAGGGACAGACAUAAAGGAACCUCUAAUCACAUGAAAUGACUUGGUCAAAGCAACACAAUAACAAGGGCUUUACAAUGAUGGUGAAAACUUGGAGAAAGUUUGGGGUUAAGUGGGGUAAAAUGUCCCUGAAAGGGACAUGUCAAAAUGCUGCAUUUCUGCACUUUAGGAAGUCUUUCUUCAUAUAUUUAAAAUUUAAAAAACGGAUUUAUUGAAUUCUCCAUAUUGUCUAUAUUAAAGGGCACUUAUUUGAAUAUAACAGGAUUUAACCAAUUCUGUAUUGGUGCACAUUUUCUACUUAAAAUAUUUAGUGGAACGACCCUGUUAUGGUUUCUUUUGAGCUUAGUCAUAUUCUGUUGUGGUGUGGAGUGUGGCUGAUGACCAAGGCAUGCUAUGUGUAGUGUUAAUACAAAUACUGUUACUGUUGUUGCUGUUUCUAAUUUAAUUCAUGAGAUAUUGUUUUUACUAUGUUGUCUAACAAAAAGUCAAGACAAUUUUUGGGGGAAAAAAUAAUAAGUUACAUUUAAUAGAAUUAUGUUAUUAAAGGUGUGAUCAGUCAUGUAAAUUGAGAAAACACACAAUGGAAUGCAUCAACUUUUCCUGUGUUUAAAAAAAAUAAAUAACUGUAUGCCUGUA